CUUGGCUUGGCUUGGCGAGGAAGAAACUUGUGUCCACAAACUCCAUUUCUGGUUUGGGAAAGAUAAUGAACCAAACAUUCGACUCUCUGCUCUAAUCAAACCCUAAACACAUUGGUUUCUGACGGAAAGCGAUGGCCCCACAUCGUCAUGCGCUUCUGGUCCUUUCAACCAUUGCCAUUCGCUCUUUUUUCGUCACUAUUUGAUUAACCUUUCGCCAAUUCGCCAAACCCCUUUCCAUUUUCGACAAUGGCAGAGCUACUUUUCUCUUCCUCCUCCUCUAUCCAUCCCUCUCUGUAUUGUGGUACCAUACGUUUUGUUUUUGGAGAGAGAGAGAAGGGAGCUAGCUAGCUAGCUAGGAUUUGAAAUCGAAGGAGAAAAAUGGUGAGAGGCAAGAUUCAGAUCAAGAGGAUAGACAACGCCACCAAUCGCCAAGUCACCUUCUCCAAGAGACGCAAAGGUCUCUUCAAGAAGGCUGACGAGCUCAGCGUUAUCUGCGAUUCUCAGGUUUCUGUUCUCAUACUUGCCGGUUCUGGAAAAGUCUAUGAGCAUAACAGCGGAUCAACCACAACGAAGCAAGUAAUCGAUCAGUACCAGACGACUACGGGGAUCGAUAUUUGGAGAACAAACUAUGAGAAAAUGCAAGAUUAUCUUAAGAAGCUGAAGGAGAAAAAUAGGAGUCUUCGAAUGCAGAUCAGACAGAGGAUGGGUGAAGAUCUGAAUGAUUUGAGCUUUGAAGAACUGCAUACUCUGGAGGAAGAAAUGGAUACCUCAGUGCGUGUUAUUCGUGAACGCAAGUUUAAGGUGCUGUCUACUCAGAUUAGUACUACCAACAAAAAGUAUCAGCAAGCGGUGCAAGUUAAUAGACUUCUUACAGAUGGGAUUAAGCAGGAUGAUUCAGACUACGGAUUAGUUGGCAGUGGUGGGGAUUACGAUUCUGUUACUACAUACUCAAAUGGAAUUCAUGACAUCUUUGCUUUACGCACACAACCUAACCAGCCUAAUCAAUCUGAAUCAGUUCUCACCUCUUGCUCGGAGAAUUGGCGUGUUGCAAAAUUUUAGAGCACCAUUCAGAUUUGGGUGUGUCUUUUAAGGAGUAUGGAUUGUAGUAAGGUUGUACUUUUCAUAUGAACUGACUUAGCAGCUGGCCUUUUUCUAUUUUCUGAUUAAAAAAUGUCCUAAGUUGAACAUCGUUUAACUCCUAACCUAUGUGCUAAAAAUGAUGUAUACGUUGAGACUUGAGUUCUUAAAUGACAGUUGAACUAUGCUCAAA